AUGGCUUUUUACUCUCUCGAUCUCGAUAUGCUAGACUCGAUAUCGCUGAAACAGUCCAAUAAAAGAGAGGGCGCAGAGUCGACGGUACUCAACGGAGAUGCUCAAUCAGAAACCUUGAACUGGGAAAAAGCUGGGGGCCCUCCCUUCCUCGCUGCACGCCAACCUAACGUCGAAUCCGAAUACUCGUACGGCUCCCGUUCGGGAAUCUGGCGACUGUUGCGAAUCUUUGCAGAACAUCAGUACAAGUUCACCCUCUUGGCCGUGGGGCAAGCUCUAGAAAUGAACCCGGCCGUAGCCAAGGCAUGCGUCGAAGCCGGCCACGAGAUCGCAGGCCAUGGGUACCGUUGGCUCGAUUGUCGUGAUUUGCCACCCGAGGAGGAGAAGGAACUCGUAAAGCGGGCCAUCAGAGCCAUCCAGGACACGGCCGGAGUGGACCCUGCGGGCUGGUAUGUGGGCAGAAUCAGCCCGAACAGUGUCGGGGUGGUGUGGGAGGCAUUCGAGGAGAUGGGGCUGCAUCUGAAGUGGCAGAGCGACUUUUACGGCGACGAUGUCCCCGUCUGGACGCAUCUGCCCGCCAAGUUGGCGAGCGUGCAAGAAAAAGAAGAGGCGGCCCGACGGCUAGGGGAAGGAGAAGAAGAAAAGUGCGAAAAGAAGCCGAAAGAAGGCCUGCUGCACGUCCCUUACUCGUACGACUGCAACGACAUGAAGUUCCACUUCGCUGCCGACGGCUUCGGCGGCGCCUCGUUUUACAAUUACCUCGUGGAUGCGUUCGACAUGCUGUACGAGGAGGGCGGCAAGAUGAUGUCGAUCGGCCUCCAUGGCAGGAUCGUGGGCAAACCCGGCCGUGCCAGGCAGUUGCAGCGCUUUCUGAACUACAUCAGCUCGAAACCGGAUGUCUGGGUAUGUACUCGAGCAGACAUCGCGACGCAUUGGAGGGACCGGUUUCCGUAUCAGCCUGUACCAAGUUUAUUACCCUGA